AUGAAUAACGCAAACUUGGGAGCAGGAGGGUUUGUUCCAAGUGGAUAUUCUCAACAUCCAGUAUCUGUUGGGGGAGGUAUAGAGCAGCACCACCCUGGCCAAUUUAAAAUGCCACAAGGAAAUUCAGCAGGAGGGACAAGUGAACAAUUGGUAUCUGCUGACCACUCAUCCUUGCCACAUUUAUCAUUACUACCUCAACAUCACUUGUCUGGUACUGGUACUAAUGCCGGAGGUGCAGGUAGUGGAGCCGGCGGCGUGCCAGAAUAUGGAGGUACACCAAGCCAAAUGAGAAACCGCUGUAAAUUGGGAGUCUUUAGCCACAGAGUAUGUGAAAAGGUUAGUGCUAUUAAGGUAGCUUCUUACCAUGAAAUGACUGAGCAUUUAAUUAAUAUGGAAUUGGGAGAUGGUCCAGGCCGUUCUAAGAAUCCUGAGGCCAAAAACAUUAGGAGAAGAGUCUAUGAUGUUUUGAAUGUAUUACUAGCUAUUGGAGUUGUAAGGAGGAGUGUUGGGGUUGGUAAGAACCUUAUCUGGGCUGGUCUCAAUCCAGAUAGGCCUCUUAUUGACCAACUUGUAGAGAGAUCCAGAAUGGAUCACACUGGAAGACUUUCAAGUGGCCCAGAUGAACUUAGAUCUGAAGAACAAGCAAGAGCUGAAGUUGAAACGGCCAAGAUCGCUUAUUUGACGGCUUUUGAGGCUCAGGUUAAUGCUCUCCAAGAGACUGUCAGACAGAGAAUUUCCACUUGUAAUGACAAGGAUGUUAUUAAUGUUGCUGACUAUAUUGGCCUAAACCAACUUCUCCAGCCUGUACAACAUCCCCAUUUAAACGCGCCAUCAGCCAACAAUAAUGCAAAUAAUCCAAUUUCUGAUGAAUUAAAGAACUAA